UUGUAACAUCCCAUUUUCUUUGCUUUCACUUUCUGCAGUGCCGGUUCCUUUUGCUAAGGAUGGCUCAGACAUGGGCAGUUCUGGCUGCAUUCCUUUUCUUGCUAAUCAAUCUAAUUGAAGGGCCAGCUUACAAGGCGGUGAAUGUGGAGGCUGGUCAUGAGGCUGUGCUGAGUUGCCCUGACGUCUCCAAGAUGCCUUUGCUGCUGGUGACGUGGAAGAUGAAAUGCAGCGCUUGCUGCCUGUUGGCUUAUAGAAGUGAUCGCAAAGAGACAAAGAAGCUAAACUGCAGUGAGAGGAUGAUGUGGAAAUAUUCACCUGACAAUAACCCUGCUCUUCGUAUUUACCCUGUGAACCUUGGUGAUGAGGGAAAUUACAGCUGUGAAAUUGUCAACGAUUCAGGGAAUUUUCUUCUUUUCUCUUCUCUGACUGUAAUAGUCCCUCCUACAGUGACUUUGACCUGUGACAAGAACAGGGUGGCUGCCUGUCAGGCGUCUGCUGGAAAGCCAGCUGCUGACAUCUCCUGGAUCCCUGCAAGUAAUCAAAGCACCGAGGAAGAAGUCCGCCACCCCAAUGGGACAGUGACCAGAGUGAGCUACGUAGGCUGGGUCAACAGCACGCUUCCCUCUGUCACCUGCCUGGUUACCCACCCAGCUACAAACCAGACUCUGUCCCUAGACCUGCCAUGCAAUGCCCCCAGGCUUCCCUAUCUCCUGAUAGAAGGACUUGCAAGUUUUGCUGCUGUUAGUGGUGUGAUUUUAUGCUUGAUUUUGGGGUACAGAGCUUUCAGGUUACGUAAAUUAACACGUGGGUCAGCAGCACCAUCACAACUAAGAACUUCAAGUCCAUACCCUCAAGUAACAAAACAGAAGCAGCCGACCUCCCUGUCUUAUCAAGAGAGUAUCUAUCAGAAUUACAAUCCAAAAUCGAUAUAUAUGAACUACUAACAGUGCAGGCACAAGCAGUCUAGUACCAGCUCAGCUACUAAUGACACUCAUUUACUUGAACUUGUACUUCAACUAACAACAAAUCUCAGACCUUGCCGCAUAGCAGGCCAACAGAACACUCAAAACUACCCUGCAGAAGCCUUUGCUUUUCCUGACUGAAGACACUGGGAGAGAGCACCCUGUUUUUGUAAAUUAUUUCUCUCUUUCUCUACAGAUCAGCUCUUGAAACAUUUGAAAUUUUUAAAGGAAGAGCUGGGGAAAUACAUAUCUGAAUUUUGUUUGAAAAUGAACUCUGAACUAUGUGCUGUCUUCUCCCAAAUCAAUAACUGACAUAUCUCUAUGCCACAGUAACAGACCGAUGGUGAAUAUAUAGCACUUCUUUCCAUUUUCACAACUGCAUUCUCUUUUCAAUUUUGUGGUAGAAACCAAGAAGUGACACAGGGGACCCCAAAACAUAGAAGGUCAAAGGAACAUGUCCAGCAGAAAUGCAGAAACAGAAGAGGUUUUUCUUGCUGGAUAUAUUA